GGCUCGAUCCCUUUCAUAGGGAUCGGUGUAAUGCCAACUGAGACCUACGAAUUUUAGAUUUCGAUUUCUGGCUUUUGAUUGUGGAUUAGUUAACCUUAUGAUCUCUGCACUUUUUAUGCAUUGUGGAAAUUGAAGAGGUUUGGCUGUUUCGGCGGUGCAGAAUGGAUUUUGUAUCUAAAUACCAGGAUGUUGUCGGGCGUGUUUUUAGAAGCGAAAAUUCGAGCUCCGGUGAAGAUAGUUAUGUUGAGCGCUUGCUGGAUCGCAUUGGCAACGGUGUCCUGGCUGAGGACAGGAGGAAUGCCAUGGCUGAGCUUCAGGCAGUCGUAGCUGAAAGUCAUGAUGCACAGUUAGCCUUUGGAGCAAUGGGCUUUCCCACACUACUGAAUGUCUUAAAGGAGGGGCGUGAUGACGUAGAAAUGGUUCGUGGGGCUCUGGAAACUCUUGUUAGUGCCUUGAGUCCAAUUGAAUUUGGAAAAAAGUCAAAGAAUGAGGUGCAACCAGCUCUAAUGAACAGUGAUUUGCUUUCAAGAGAAGUGGAAAAUAUUUCACUUCUUUUGAGCUUGCUGUUAGAGGAGGAUUUCUACAUCCGAUAUUAUACAUUGCAGUUGUUGACAGCACUUCUUACAAAUUCUCCAAAUUGGCUCCAAGAAGCUAUUUUAACGAUUCCACGUGGUAUUACAAGGCUCAUGGAUAUGCUCAUGGAUCGUGAGGUUAUACGCAAUGAGGCAUUAUUACUUCUCACAUACUUGACUCGAGAAGCUGAGGAAAUUCAGAAAAUUGUGGUCUUUGAAGGUGCUCUGGAGAAGAUCUUUGGCAUCAUCAAAGAGGAAGGAGGCUCUGAAGGUGGUGUUGUUGUGCAGGACUGUCUGGAACUGUUGAACAAUCUUCUCCGUUUUAAUUCCUCAAAUCAGGUAUUGCUUAGGGAGACAGUGGGCUUUGAUCCGCUUAUAUCGAUUUUGAAGCUCAGAGGAAGCACCUAUAAAUUCACCCAGCAGAAGACUAUAAAUCUACUCAGCGUGUUGGACACAAUCAAGUUGCUUUUGCAUGGUGGUCAACGAACUGAUCCUGGAAAAGACUCGAAUGGUUUGGCAAAUAAAACAGUUCUGGUUCAGAAAAAGGUGUUGGACCAUCUAUUAAUGCUGGGAGUUGAGAGCCAAUGGGCUCCUGUUGCUGUCCGUUGUAUGGCACUACAGUGUGUUGGUGAUCUGGUUGUCAAUCAUCCUCAGAACCGUGAUACUCUUGCAAAUAAAGCACUUGGGGACGAGCCUCAUGUUGAGCCGGCCUUAAAUUCUAUACUUAGAAUUAUGUUGCGAACUUCUAGCACACAAGAGUUCAUUGCGGCAGACUAUGUUUUUAAGAGCUUUUGCGAGAAAAAUCCUGAUGGUCAAACUAUGUUGGCUUCGACUUUAAUUCCUCAACCACACUCAAUGAUAAAUGCACCAUUUGAGGAAGAUUUGAACAUAUCAUUUGGAAGUAUGCUACUGCAUGGGCUGAUACUGAGUGAAAGUGAUGGUGAUCUUGAGACUUGCUGCAGAGCUGCUGGUGUCCUAUCUCAUAUUCUGAAGGAUAACAUCCAGUGCAAGGAGAGGGUUCUUAAAAUUGAACUUGAAGCGCCUACACCGAUAUUGGGAGGUCCAGAGCCUUUACUGCACCGUAUGGUUAAGUACCUGGCACUUGCCUCUUCUAUGAGUAAAGAUGGAAAAGCUAGCCUAUCAGAUACUACGUAUCUUCAGCCAAUCAUUUUAAAGCUACUACUUCUUUGGCUCUUUGAUUGUCCAAGUGCUGUACAGUCCUUCCUCGGAUCACGUCCUCACCUCACAUACUUGCUAGAAUUAAUUUCUAAUCAAACCACGACUGUAUGUGUAAGGGGAUUGGCUGCUGUACUCUUAGGAGUGUGCAUAAUCUGUAAUAAGACCGCUGACAGUGGACAGGAUUCUUUUAGUGUCAUCGAUGCUAUUAGCCAAAAAGUUGGACUUACUUCUUACCUUCUUAAGUUUGACGAAAUGCAGAAGAGCUCGCUUUUUACAUCUGAAAAGCCUGCUCUUUCCCGUAAACCAUUGACUCGAUCUAUUGGUGCUAGCAUGUCUGACAUUGAAGAAGUUUAUGAUGAUGAAAACACUGAUCAGAGGAAUGAGGAUCAUCCAAUACUUCUGAUGGUGCUUGAUCCUCAGUUUGUUAUCAUUCUGAAGGGGUUAGAGGUAAAAAUUAGAGAACAAAUUGUUGAAAUUUACAGUCAUCCAAGAAGCCAGGUGGCGGUGGUCCCGGCUUACAUAGAACAGCAGAGUGGAGAAAUGGACAAGGAGUAUAUCAAGCGACUGAAAAACUUUGUGGAGAAGCAAUGCCUUGAGAUACAGGACCUUUUGAGUCGGAAUACUACUCUUGCUGAGGACCUCGCAAAGACUGGUGAAAGUGGUUCGUCCCAGCUUGAACAUAGGGUUAGCAGUGGAUCAGACAGAAUCCAGGUCGAGACUCUCCGUAGGGAUCUUCACGAGACUUCCCAACGGUUGGAUGCCCUCAAAGGAGAGAAGGCCAGAAUUGAAGCCGAGUCUUCAGCUCACCAAAAUUCAGCAUCUAAGCUUGAAUCUGAUCUGAAAAGCUUGUCUGAUGCAUACAAUAGCCUUGAGCAAGCUAACUUUCAGCUGGAACGCGAAAUAAAAGCAUUAAAGAAUGGCGGGGCUGUAGCUGCUCCAGACAUCGAGGAAAUAAAGGCAGAAGCAAGGGAAUUAGCUCAAAAGGAGAGUGAAGCCGAGUUGAAUGAUCUGCUAGUGUGUCUUGGGCAAGAGCAGAGCAAGGUAGAGAAGCUCAGUGCAAGGCUAGCAGAGUUGGGAGAGGAUGUUGAUAGUUUGCUCGAUGGAAUCGGAGAUGAUAUUGGACUGCAGGAAGAAGAUGAUGACGAACAAGAGUGAGGAGCCCUUAUAUUUGUAUGUCGAUUUCCACAUCUCUUAUUGAACUUCUCAGAUUUUAACCAGCUGUGCUUGUACAUUGCUUACUAACUAACUGUACAGUAUUAUCGUUAUUUAUCUUCAUAAUUUUCACGACCCCA